AUUAGUUAACAUUUCACUCGACACAUAACAAGCAUCCUUACACUUAUGUACAUUAGUCUCUUCACACGCGGGCCUACACAGAAACCAAAAUUGAUUGAAAGAUGAGUUCCAGCGACACCGGGACAGGCGGCUGUGGAAUAUGCGAGAGAAAAUUCUUGGAAAAUGGACGAAGCAAGCGCCGCUUGGCCUUGCUCUCCUUACUCAUCAUAUCAUUCAUUGCCGCAACCGUUGGCGACGAGGAUGCAGGCAAAGGUGGAAAUAGUUCGGGUUCGGGCUCCGAUACUCCUGCGGAUUAUUGGCGCGUGGGCUACGAGGGACACGGCACAACGCACGAGCAGGUGGGACAGGUGCACUUUCCUCCCGUGACUUACACCAAAUUCGAUGCGUUCUACAAUUAUUCGCACGAUCCGACAUCGACCACAAAAGCCGUGAAUCCCAUUUAUAAUUUCACGCACUUUAUCUUUGAUGCGGUGAUGACCGACGAGCCAGCCCUGCCGCCCGGCUACGUUGGGGUAAUGAAGGAGAACGUUUUGGUACUUGGUCGUAAUGUGGAGCGGAACGAGUGGUCACUGCUGAUGAGUCGUUACUGGCUGGUUCUUUUCUUUGUGAUAUUCAUCUUGUCCGCUAUAAUUUCCAUUCCAUUCAUUGCUGUCUGCUAUUGCUGCUUCUGCUGCUGUCUACGGUGCAAGCAGGGCUGUGUCCAGUGCAUGGCAGCGACGGACCGCAGGCGGCGGCUGUGUUGUGGAUUUUGCCUCUUUGUGAUUAUCCUUGGAAUGAUUGCUGGCCUCGCCAUUGCGUUUGUGACGAAUAAAUUCUUGGAUCGUGGAUUGGAGCAGUCAAGAGUGACAAUGCGACGUAGCAGCGAGGAUACUUGUACCUUUUAACGAAUGUCGCCGACCAUGUCCACCAUCUGUUGGUGUUCAACUUUCAGGAACUGGA